AUGUCUCUGGCUAAGCCUGCAAUGCGAGGACUCCUCGGGAAGCGUCUGAGGUUCCACUUGCCCAUCGCCUUCGCCCUGUCAUUGGUGGCUGCAGCAGCUUUCAAGGUCAGCUGAUAUUAAUAUUUUGCAGAAUUAUUUCAUGUUUUCUCUUAAGGCGGCCCGGGAUAUCAGCAAGGCGGCCGCCUUAAGGUAGCCUGGCGGGUAGGAGCGUUGGGCCAGUAGCCGAAAAGUUGCUUGAUCAAAUCCCAGAGCUGACAAGGUCAAAAUAUGUAAUUCUGCCCCUGAGCAAGACAGUUAACCCACUGUUCCCCGGGCACCGAAGACGUGGAUGUCGAUUAAGGCAGCCCUCCCCACCUCUCUGAUUCAGAGGGGUUGGGUUAAAUGUGGAAGACACAUUUCAGUUGAAUGCAUUCAGUUGUACAACUGACUAGGUAUCCCCCUUUCCCUUAAAAUGUUCUAGGUAGGAAAAACCCUGGGGAGAGAAGUGUAAAAUGGAAGGGUUAAAGUCCAUCAUGGAAUUGAUGUUAUUUGACAUUUUAGUCAUUUAGCAGACGCUCUUAUCCAGAGCGACUUACAGUUUGUGAAUGCAUACAAUUUCAUACUGGCCCCCCGUGGGAAUCGAACCCACAACCCUGGCGUUGCAAGCGCCAUGCUCUACCAACUGAGCUAUCACAUUGAAUGGAUCUCUUCAGGAAUGGGCAUGAUGUUGUUUUUGUGUUCAUGAUAAAUGAGUAAAUACUUCAUUCUGAUGAGGUCAUUUUGUCUUUCUCUUCUCAGUACGGUGUAACAGAGCCCAGGAAACAGGCCUAUGCUGAUUUCUACAAACAAUAUGUUGCCACAAAGGAGUUCAACAACAUGAGGGAAGCUGGCAUUUUUGAAAGUGUCAGGCCAACUGGCGAAUAA